AUGUUGAUCAAGACAUCUUACAGAGACGUGCCCACCAAGGCAAAUGGAAGAGCGGGGACCAUCCGAAUCUACUUGGUGGAACCCAAUGUCCCAGAUUAUCCUCAAGCCAAAUUCCCAGGAUGUGUCGUCUUCUCAGAGAUAUACCAAGUAACAGGUCCGGUAGAAAGAUUCGCAAGUAAUAUCGCCAGUGAAGGAUAUAUCGUAGCUCUUCCAUCAUCAUUCCACGAAUUCGAAGGUCCCGAAGCCAUCCCUUAUGACACUGAAGGAACAGAUCGAGGGAACAAAUACAAGAUCGAGAAAACUGUGGACGGUUAUGACGAAGACGCAACCCUCUCCGUUGAUCUCUUGUGUUCAUUGGAUAAUUGUACAGGUAGAGUCGCCUCUACCGGUAUGUGCUUAGGUGGUCAUCUGGCUUUACGGUGCGCCUUUGAUCCACGAGUAUUAGCAUCUUUCUGUUACUUCGCUACAGACGUUCAUUCUGCCACACUUGGUAAAGGCAAAUCAGACGAUACAUUGAUCAAAAUUCGAAAAGGAGAUUUGGCAGGUAAGGGAGAGGUGACAAUGGUCUUCGGGAAACAGGAUACACAUGUUGAUCGUGAUGGAAGAAGUCUGAUCAGAGAUACAUUAGAUGCCGCUGGACUGACAUUCACUUUUAUGGAAGUUCAAGCUCAGCAUGCUUUCAUCCGAGAUGAAUCCUCCAAAGGAAGGUGGGAUGCCGCUUUAUCAAGAAGUCUGUUUGGAAACAUGAUGGAAUUGUUCAAUAGGACAGUUGCCAGAGAUUUGGGUCCUAGAAUUGGUGGCGGUGCGAAACUGGAACAUGUGUGUUAG